GAAAGGAGUCGAGGAUUAUCAGCGACUUAUUGGAUGCGGACACGGAUCCAUGUGCCUUAGACUCAACGCGUUGUUUGCUCUGUUGAUUGACAAUUUUCUGAUGCAUCCGUUGUGCUGGUCAGAUCGGGGCUUGGCAUGAAAUGGCAGAUACACCAAGUCAAGGUCACACGGCGAUCGCUUCGUGGAGAUCGCGUCGCCAGACCAUAUGGGCUUGCAUCCCGCCCUCUUCCCAGGAUAUGUCAUGUAUGUACCUCGAUAGGUCUCGACGCCGCAGAUGUGCCCCCCAGGGAGCUACUCCAUACUACCACAUCUGGAGUCAGUUCGCUCUGCUGCUCAGCGCGCCGAUCUGGAUCCACCUGACGCCGAGUGCCAUUUCGCGUAAAACCACUACUCUUCCGCAAGAGUGCAAUCUGCUAUUGGGCGGUAGCAGGAAGUUUGUUGAGCAUGAUUGAUUCCUUCCCCAGUCCGCCGGUAUCUCCUCGAUCGUUCCCUCAACUAUACUCCGUCGACAAGCGGCCCUCUCCUUGCCCCUAUUGUCGGCAGGGGACAAGC